GCGGGAACCACUUCCGGGACGGCGAGGCCUGGCCGAGAGGGGCGGUGUAUGAAUCAGGAUUAUCAGUAGGAGUUUGUCCUGAGAAAACUCCGGAUCUGCCUCCUGUGUGGUUUGUUUAAGUAGUAGUUGGUUUUCUACACCAUCUGGAACAGCGAGGCUGUGACCACAUAUACAAUUAACCAGUUUUCUUGGAGAGCAUUAGAGGAGAAGAAGGGUGCACUCACGAUGGCUGCAGAGUUGGAUUUCUCCCCACCCGAAAUCCCUGAGCCCACGUUCAUGGAGAAUGUGUUACGCUACGGACUCUUCUUUGGAGCCAUUUUCCAGCUUAUCUGUGUGCUCGCCAUAAUCCUGCCAGUUUCAAAGUCCCAUAAAACAGACUCGGACGGUUUUGAGCCCAAGAAUGCAGAGACAGUGAAGAAGCCAAAGGCAACUGCUCCACAGAUCAGCAAGAAGCCCAAGAAGGAAACCAAAAAGAAACGAUAAAGCCAUGACCGAUGAGCCUCAAAAGACAAAAUAAUCAGCUAUAAUCAUGCUUCCUCGGACAUGACAUCAAAGGCAACUAACUAUAUUACAUGGUUUUCUGGCAUUGCCAUGCUUUACCUUUCGGGGACAAGGGAGAAGGUACUUGUAAGAGUGGAAGGGGCAGGGUUCUGCCAUAGAUUUCUUACAAGCAAAGAGGACUUCACAUAUCCAGGACUUCGUUUGACAUGAUUAAUGCAUCAGUCACCAUUAAAGUGACUUCUGUCAUUUCUCCUGGGUAGAGAGGCCUGUUGUAGCUCCUCCGUGCUGGCUGGGGUUUGUAGUAAAGUCCCUGCGGAAGGUGGAGCAUGGGUUUGCUGCUUUGGAUACUGGUUUGUGCUGUGUUUUUUGAAGGCAGAGGGAUCAAAUGGAUCAAGGAUACCACACUACACAGCUUUGUAUUCAUCUCUGUUGUCAUCUAGUCUGAAAUACAUAGCUGCAUUUUAUGGCUUAAUACUAAUGUCUUUGUUAUAUUCUUUAAUUCUUUAGGUAAUAACUCAUCAGAUUCCAGACUGCUGUAGAUGAAAGCUUUCAUUUCCCCAGCGUCGCUACCUCUUUCGUAUUCCCCACCCAUGCACUUUUCUUUUCUGUUCCCACCUUUGAAAGCAGAUACGUUUCAGGGAACUGAGGCUGUGGUGGGGACUGCACUGACUACAAGGGAGCAAUAUCAUUCUGGAAGGUGCAGAAUUUAAUGCCUGUGCUAAAGGGGUUUUCUUGGAAACUUGGGAAGACCAAGGUACUGCAUGUUGGAGAAAAGCUGCUCCGGGGUGGGAGUCUCACAGUGCUGUGUUGCUCGUGUAUGGAACAGCAUGACCUGGCUGUGCUGGUGACAAACCCUCCUGCCAGCUGAGUCCUGACCCUCUGCUCAUUUCAGCACGGCUGGUGUUUGCUGCAUCUGCAAACUUCCUCCCAGCCUUACCUGCUACGGUCUGCUGCACCUCCCCUCGCUCUGUUCUGCCUGGAGUUAAAUACAAUCUCAGCCUGAGGAGAUGUGGUAUUUUAAGAUCCAAGGGGUGGCAGGCUGGCUGUGUAGCAUGACUAUAUGGCAAGAGACACAUACACUAUGUUCCUUCAGGCUCCGGUUCUCCAGGCCCAGGGACAAUCUAGUAUUAGAUUUAAAUAUGGCUAGACAGGACUGGGAAGAGAUAGGUGGUGACGUAGCCACAGAGUCUCUGUAGGGCAGCUCCAGCUUCCUGAUGCCAGCUCACAUCUUGGUUUGUUUGAUCACGAAUGAGUCAAUGGGAGGAGAACCUGCUCUUUUAGGCGCACCCAGGGUUCAGAGUGGCUUUGAUGGAAAGGGCUCUCUGGCAGGGCUGCAAGUCUGCCAUCCUCUUUGCAUAUAUAGACUCCCAUCUUCAUUUCACAAAUGCCUCGUGAGCCCAGAUAGGGUAGCAGUGUUGUGCUGCGUGUUCUCUAACAGGAGUUGAACAGCACGUUUACAGGAACCAUCAGUGUUGAGAAUGGCCACGUUCUCUGCUCGCUCUUGCCUUUGGUGGGUGUCAGGUGGAUCCCAGUACCCCUUUGAUUCUAACCUCUCCCUGCUUCCCUGCUCCAGGCUCUCUGCUUCUCUGAACCAGGAUGCUGACACCGAGUCACACUGCUUAAAAUCCAGCUUAGAGUUCUGCUUUAAAUUCAGCGUUUUCCUUUUCUUCUUUUUUUUUCUGGUGCUACAUGAAGCAGUACUAGGAGGAGAGAACAAAGCACGGGAGACACAAGCACUCUAAAGUUGCUUUGAGUUCCCAGUACAAAGAAACAUUACACAAAUUUCCCACGCAAAUAACAAAGAACAAUAUUGUGCUAUGAGUUUCCAUUAUGGACCCGUGUUCCUGUCUGUGAUAUGCAGGGGAAAGAAAAGCCUUGCUACUGCCCUGGGUAGGUACAGCAGAGCACUUCUUCCAUUUUAAUAAAUGGGGAAGGUGGGUGUUUAAUCUAACAACUCUGGCUUUCUGCAGGUUACCUAAAGGGGAGGGGGCUGAUGCUUAACACAACUGCAACUAUUGAAAGAGGCACAGGCAUUACCCGAAAUAUAAAAGUGCCUCUAUGGCUGAGAACCAGUUAGUGAUGAGCGCUGUGUGGUUGUCACCUGAAAUAGCAGGCUACUCCAUCAACAUCUCUGUGUGGCUGUUUGCAGGCUGGCUUGUUCAUGGCUAAGUAGAAAUCCUGGAUAUUGGUGUUUGUUUUUGUUGGGGGGAAGAGGGAUUAAGAUAAAUUUCCCAGUCUGUUCCUAAUGGCUCGUUACAUGUUUGAAUGCUUUUGUAGCUGAACUUACACUAUGUUUUUAGAGAUUACCAAUAUCCCAUGUAUUUUAGUUUCUCUUGCAAUGUGUAAUAAAUACAAUCAGAAUCUCUUUGUUUAAAAAGAAA